AUGUUAGAGCAUGUCAAUCCGGGAACAAAAACAUGGGUGAAGUUGGAUGAGGCAAAUAAGUUCAAGUACCUCUUCGUAGCUCUGGGAGCUUGUAUUGAAGGUUUUGCAGCCAUGAGGAAGGUGAUAGUUGUCGAUGCCACAUUUCUGAAGAAUGGAUAUGGUGGUGUACUAGUAUUUGCUAAAGAUCAAGAUCCUAAUCGUCACCAUUAUCCGCUUACGUUUGGUGUACUCGACGGUGAGAAUAAUGCUAGUUGGACAUGGUUUUUCGAGAUGCUCAAAACUGCUAUACCAGACUCUUCUAAAUUAGUAUUUAUGAGUGAUAGAAACCAGAGCCUAAUCGCGGCUGUAGCUAAUGUGUUUCCACAAUAUCACCAUGGCCAUUGUAUAUGGCAUUUGUCUCAGAAUGUGAGAGGGCAUGCUUGUAACACAACCAAAACCGUAGUCGCAUGGAUAUUUAUGGAGUUGGCUAGGUGUUACACGGUGGCUGAGUUCGAGUCUGCUUACGCAUCUUUUAAGGUGAGAUUUCCUCCAGCGUACAAGUAUUUGGAGGAGCAUACGGAUAAAUGCACAUGGGCUCGGGUUUAUUUCCCAGGUGUGAGAUACAACUUGGACACUAGCAACAGUGUGGAGUCAAUGAACAGCGUCUUUAGGGACGCCUGGAGGUAUGCUUUAAUACCACUGUUGGAUACAAUCAUCAAAAAGUUUUCAGACUGGUUCAAUGAACAUCGGAAGGACUCUGUGGCUGGGUCGAUUGAUACCAAACUGGUUCUUCUUGUCGAGAUUCACUUGCAUAACCUAUGGAGCACAGCUGGGAGCACAGCUGAGAAAACACCAGUGCGUGAGCUUAAUAGUUAUGAGCUUGAGUACGAGGUAACCGACACUGAAAAUGGGAAGAAUUAUGUUGUGAACUUGAUAGAGAAGAGCUGUAGCUGCAAGGUGUAUGAUUAUGAAAAGUAUCCUUGUCUGCACGGACUUGCUGCUUACUUAUAUUUCCUUGAGGUUGAAGCUGCUCCUUGUCGUCGACGUGAUGUCAAGAUAGAGUAUCAUGAGUUGUGCUCGAAAUAUUACUGGACGGAACUUUGGGCAUUGGCUUAUUACAAGACCAUUUAUUCUGUGCCGGACAGGUGUGAUUUGAAUGUACCAGAUCACAUCAAAGAGCUUCAGAUCAUACCUCCGGAUCGCCUCAAGAGGAAGGGAAGAAAAGAGAAUAAGAGGAAUCCAUCUUUUGGUGAACGACGUAAAAGAACAUAA